AUGGCUUUGGUGCAGCGAUAUGGGAAACCAGAUUUAUUUAUAACCAUUACUUGCAAUGCAAAUUGGCCUGAAAUUAAAAGUGAGUUGGCUCCUGGAGAAGUUGCUCAAGAUCGUCCUGAUAUAGUUGCUCGGAUUUUUCGUGCUAAAUUAUUGGCUCUUAAGAAAGAAAUAAUGGAUAAUAUGAUUUUUGGUGCUGUAGCUGCAUUGAUCUAUGUUAUAGAGUUUCAGAAGAGAGGCUUGCCACAUGCACAUUUUCUCAUUAUUCUUAAGGGUGAAUCAAAACUCAAAUGUCCAGCAGACUAUGACAAGUUUGUUUGUGCUGAGAUUCCUUCAUUGGAUAAUCCAUUGUUGCGGAAAAUUGUGAUUCGUCAUAUGAUGCAUGGCCCUUGUGGUUUGUUGAAUCCAGAGUGUUCUUGUAUGCGUAAAAAUGGUAAGACGACAUCAUGUAAGUAUGGCUACCCAAAACAAUAUUCAGGAGAAACAACUACUAAUGAUGAAGGGUAUCCUACUUACAGGAGAAGAAACACCGGUGAGAGGUUAAAAGUAAGAGGCGCUAUGCUUGACAACAGGUGGGUUAUCCCAUAUAAUCCAUACCUUUCUCUGCUGUUUGAUUGCCAUGUUAAUGUAGAAGUUUGUUCUACGAUUAAAGCUGUUAAGUAUCUGUAUAAAUAUGUUUACAAGGGCCAUGACAAGAUAUCGUAUAAUGUGGUACCUGCUGAUGGAGAUGUUGUUGAUGAGAUUCAACAAUAUCAGUCUGGGAGAUGGGUUUCUCCAUGUGAGGCUGCUUGGAGACUAUUUGCAUUUGAUUUGUUUGAGAUGCAUCCUCCUGUGCUUCUUCUCCAAGUGCACUUACCUAACCAGCAGACACUUCACUUGCAUUCACAUGAACGAUUAAAUGCUGUUGUGGCGAAUUCAAAGCGGCAUCGAACUCAGCUAACUGAAUUUUUUGCUAUGAAUGCUGCAGUUCCAGGAGGGCUUGGUUAUCUAUACAGUGAAUUCUGUGAGCACUAUACUUGGGAUGCGUCUGGUAAAAAAUGGAAUAAACGUUCUAUUGAUAGAUUUCAGGUUGGACGUUUGGCAUUUGUUUUUCCCGCUGAAGGAGAGCGAUUUUAUUUAAGGUUGUUACUUCUGAACAUCAGAAGUCCUACAUCAUUUGAAUCUCUCAGAACUGUCAAUGGUGUCUUAUGCAAAAUCUUCAAAGAAGCAGCUGUUAAGCUUGGUUUAUUAGAGUAG